AGGCGACCUUGAAAUAUUGCCCAGAUCGUCACUCUCCCCAAGAAAGCUCUCUUCUCUCUCUCACUCUCUCUCUCUCAUUGUCUCUCUACACAGUUUUGGAGUUUAUCAAUAGCUUUAUUGAAGAUUCAAAGCGACGUUAUCAAAAUGCCAGAAGCAAGAGAUCGAACCGAGAGGCCUGUGGAUUACUCGACUAUAUUUGCCAACCGACGGAGACAUGGUAUUUUACUUGACGAGCCAGAUUCACGGCUUAGUUUGAUUGAAUCUCCGGUGAAUCCAGAUAUUGGGUCUAUUGGUGGAACGGGCGGGCUUGUGAGAGGCAAUUUCACUACAUGGAGGCCUGGUAAUGGCAGAGGUGGUCACACUCCAUUUAGAUUGCCACAGGGAAGAGAGAAUAUGCCCAUAGUGACCGCUAGGCGUGGAAGAGGUGGUGGUUUGUUGCCUUCUUGGUAUCCAAGAACACCUCUACGCGACAUAACUCAUAUUGUGCGGGCUAUUGAGAGAAGAAGAGGAGCUGGGACUGGAGGAGACGAUGGCCGAGUUAUUGAGAUCCCAACUCAUCGACAAGUUGGUGUUCUUGAAUCUCCAGUACCACUGUCAGGAGAACACAAAUGCUCGAUGGUCACUCCUGGACCAUCUGUGGGAUUCAAGCGUAGUUGCCCACCAUCAACUGCUAAAGUUCAAAAGAUGUUACUUGACAUCACUAAAGAGAUAGCUGAGGAAGAAGCUGGCUUCAUCACACCCGAGAAGAAGCUACUCAAUUCUAUUGACAAAGUUGAGAAAAUUGUGAUGGCGGAGAUCCAGAAGUUGAAGAGCACUCCUCAAGCUAAAAGGGAAGAGCGGGAGAAGAGGGUGCGGACUUUAAUGACUAUGCGAUGAUCUUUACUUAGGAGAAGAGACCAGAUGCGAUGAUCCUUACUUAGGAGAAGAGACCAUAGAGGUAUAUCUGCUUAAAGGUUCCUGCACAGUGAGUACAUCAUCUUCUUAUGAUAUCAUAGAUGGAUCUACAGGUCAUCCUCUAAUGACAUAUCUUCACAAGUUCGGUGGUUUCUUAGACUUGUAUCAUUUUCUGAUGAUUUUAUUAGAAGCGUCAAUCAUCUUUUGACGAUUUUAUAGGAUACUCGUUUUGGAAAAUCAUUGUUCUGAUGAUAGAAUAGAUCAGGAAUCAUCUGCUGAUGAUGAUAUCAUAGGAAAGAUUAUAAUAGUUCACACAUUUCAUAUCUGAAGUGUCAUCACUUGUAGACGAUUUUGGCUUGUUGUUGACUUUCAAUAAUUGAGUUGUAUAUAAGUAUUGAAUGUUUGGUUUUAUUGCUUUGUAACUGUUGACAUACGGUGUUUGCCUAUCUCUUUCUGCACACUUGAUUUCGUAGCUAAAUUCCAAGUUCUGUUAAAUAUUCC